CUAGAGAGGGACCGGAGACGGCUUAGGACGGUGGGCGGGGCUCUGGAGCGCGCGGCAGCACCACCGAGAGGCCGGGCAAGGUAGAGCGGCUCCAGAGGGGCGGGCGCCUUCAGGCGCGGGAGAGGCGGGAGUGGCGGCUCAAGUGGGGGGAUCGUAACCGUUGUCUGCCCGCCCGCCUGCCCACGGCCAAGUUCAGCCGGCAUCUGCGCCCGACACCCACCAGUUUUCAGUGAGGAUGAGCCUUGGUGAACAAACACAAGACACCUGAGGCCUGCUUGUUACGCCUCUCGCCGGAGUGAUGGUGUUUGAAUUGGUACUGAGCUUGGAUGCUGUCAGAUAGGGACUCUCAGACGUCUCCUCCUGAGCUGUCCCACAAAAGACGAACGCUUUCGGAUGGUGACGUUCAGACUCCGAAUCCAGAUAAGAACUUUAUCUGCUGGGUUAGAAAGAAAAGGACAGCGGCUCUGUCUGCUCGGUGCCAACAUGCAGCUUCAUAAGCAGGAUGUGCUGAGCUGUCCCCGACAGAGUGAAGUCACAGAGAAGCCAGGCAGCCACUAGCUGGGGGCCCUCAGCCUUCCCUGGCUUCCAGGGUGUUUCCCACUUCCUAGGAGCAGCAAUGGAAAAGCCUGCAGGCAGGAAAAAGAAGACCCAGGCCCCCAAAGAGGAAGCAGGUGCUCAAAAGGCCACUGCCAAAGGGGAGAAAGCGCCAAGGGGGAAGAAGCCAACCAAGAGGAGGCCCCGGAAGCCCCGCAAACAGACUGUCCUGAGUCCCGAAGACGAGGCGCAUAUCUUUGAUGCCUUCGAUGCCUCGUUUAAAGAUGACUUUGAGGGCGUCCCCGUGUUUAUUCCUUUUCAGAGGAAGAAGCCCUAUGAGUGCGGUGAGUGCGGACGAAUCUUUAAACACAAGACAGAUCACAUUCGCCACCAGAGAGUUCACACUGGCGAGAAGCCCUUUAAGUGUGACCAGUGUGGGAAGACCUUCAGGCACAGCUCAGACGUCACCAAACAUCUGAGAAUCCAUACCGGUGAGAAACCCUUUAAAUGUGGGGAGUGUGGAAAGGCCUUCAACUGUGGCUCCAAUCUUCUGAAACACCAGAAAACGCACACUGGAGAGAAGCCUUAUGGCUGUGAGGAGUGUGGAAAAUCCUUCGCCUACAGCUCCUGCCUCAUCCGGCAUCGGAAGCGUCAUCCGAGGAAGAAGCACUGAGCAGGGCAGCCUACAACUGUAGAUCUUUUUCAAACAUCAGAUGUUGGUCUAGGUUUCCGGUGCAGUAUCUACUGAUGGCUCAUGUGGCUGCCUCUCCCUGUCAUCGAAAGGAAAACCCACCCAUCAGACCUAAGAACCCACAGAGGCCUUCUGCCCUGUGAGUCCUCACUUGAUGGUAACACGGUGCUCCCCGGGGCUUCCUGCAGCUCCAGCCAUUUUCCAGACUACUUCAUUCUACUCAGGACCAUCUUUGGAACAGCUUUGGGUCACCGAGAACUUACAGCUAAAGAGACAACCCUGUUGGCGAGGGCCAAUGCCUCCCUCUGCUGCCUCUGCCUGCAUCAUCCACUGUGUGAUGGUCAGUUCUUUUGAAGGCUUCUGGCUCUGGAUGCCUGGCCCCAUGAAGUCUGCUAGGGGCAAGGACCCCUGAGGUGGAUGGCAGGCAGCACUCUGAGCAGCUCUGAGGACCCAGGUCCCCUUGGAUAGCACCAGAGCUUGCUCAUCUCUGCAGCUAACUUUGGUGAUCUUGAAAUUUCUCUCUUGCUGAACCAACAGUCUCUGAGCUCAGCCCCAGUGCCUGAAACUGGACUACACUGUGUACCCUUGUUCCAGCCACCAUCGUAGACAAGUAGCCUGGACUCAAAGUGGCCUCGGUAGACCCUUGCACCCUGCCAUAGUGGUAGAUUGUUUAGGCUAGGCCUUGUAGCUCCAGGGUGUCAGCAGCAGCUUCCACCCACUGUACCUUCAGAAACAGCUGUGGCCCAGCCCCGUGGCAGCCCACCAUUCAGGUCAGCUCCACUUCCUGCCUGUCACCAGGACAAGACAAUGUGGUUGCGCCUGCCCUCUGUCCAGGUGCUCUAUGAGGUCUGUGUUCUAAGGACAGCAAAGUGACUGCUGACCAGAAGGUUACAGGCAGUGUGACCAACCAUGACACACACCCCACCAUCAUGGCCUGUAUCCCUUCAAACCAGGAGCCAAGGAAACCCUCAGGUUGCUUUUUUUCAGACAGUUGCUACAAUAAUGAGGAAAAUAACAAAUAUACCAGGUUAGUUGUCCUUUUUCUAAAAGCUGAAGUGAGCACCGAGUGUCUCUGGAACCUUCUGGGCACUGGCCUAGCCAGGUUUGCUGAUGCACUGUCAGGAAGUGCAAGCUGAGGCUGCAGUUGGACCAGGGCUUGCACUGCCCCUCCCUAAGGGCAGAACGUUUCAGGCAGAAGUCUUCCCACACCACUCUCCUUAUACAGGCAACCCCAGGAGUAUUGUACCAGACUUGAUCCCCGAGGGAGAGCAUGCCUCAAUCUAAUAUGAAAUCCAGUAGGAUGCAUAGGACAGAACCCAGACACAGAAUGCCAUGUAGUCAAAUACUCGCCCGCCUCAGGCUGGCCCUGGAAGACACCUGCAGCAGUGCCUGGCGGCAGAGUCCAGUCAGCCCUCCAGCGAACAGGCUGCUAGUGCAGAUCUUCCUAGCAAGAAGCUCAGAGAAGUCAAGAGAAUCAGUGUCUACCUCCACCACAGGGCACUGAGAUGCCCACUGGGUCAUGCACCAGGGAGGCUGUCAUCACAGAAUCCAUUGGCAACAGGAAAGCUGUAGGUGGAUGAGCUCAGAGAGGCCUUCUGGAUGCCGUGUGGUAACUACAGGGCACUUUGACUUCUCCCUACCCUGAAGUUAAGGUGGCUGCAUCACAUCAUUGACCAGCGACCAUUAGUUCUGGCUCACUGUCAGCCUACCAGAGAGUCCCAGCACCAGCUCUUUACUUCAGUGAGAGACACUGAACAGCCACCCGGGAACAAACUGAAUGCUCAGAACCUUCUAGAUGUCUUGAGAUGUGUCCUGGGGCAUUGAAGAGCACUCCAGCAAUGUAUUGGGGUUCUAAUUACAAAAGCAUACUCAACUGCAGCUAGAAAUUUCUGAGAGGUACGAGGCAGCUCUCCCUGGCAGCGCCUCAGCUCUACCUCUGGUGGGUGUCUCCUGCAGGAAGCGCUCUGACCAGCAUGGCUGCCGCUCAGCCUCACUUAGAGCGGAGAGCACUGCGGCGGCCGACAACAAGCAGGUGGACGAGAGCUCUGAGCUGCAUUAGCGUCCGUUCCCUCGGUCCUCUCCCGGCCAAGUGAGACGUCAGAAGCCACCUCUAGGGAGAGUCAGAAGUAGCCCUGGACUAGGCCCAGAACUCUUCUGUUGAGGAGACCACUGGUUUAGGCUUGAUUCUAGCUGGCAACUUCAGUUCCUGGAAGUCUGUAGCUCCAGGGCACACCUGGGCUCCGUUCCUCCUUGAUCUUGGAUCCAUCCCAGUUUGACAUCAAGACACGAUCAUUUCCUGUGCCAAUGAGUUCGGAUGCCAAGAUGCCCUGAAGAGUAAGGCAGGACCGGGGCCCUAGGAAGAAAGGCUGUGUACCCUAACUCAAAGGACGGAUGCUUUGUGGCUUCAAGGGAAGAUUUGGGGUAAUGGGGUCACCUCUGGUGUGGACCUCAGGUAUAGUGCAGACAAGGAGACUAGCCUAUGUGCCACAUUUACCCAUAGGCCAAGAGAUGGCUCCCACUGUCAGCCUACUCCUUCCAGAACUUUGCACCCGUGGAGUUGGGUGUUUGCUUUCUCCUGGUUCCUUCUGAAGGAAGACAAGUAGAUUACCCUCUCCUGACUCAGAUCCCCUGGGACUGAUGCUUUCCUGUGGCAACUCCCAGCCAACACCCAGGUGAGGCAUUGCAGCUGGGUCUGCAGGCAUCUGGCUCUGGACCUGAAGGGAAUUUGGCACCUCUGAACUGGUAGCACCCAGCUGGCCUGUCCACGCCUCACCUCGGCCACAUCAGCAAUCUGGUGGGACCUCAUCCUUCUUGUAUCUGGCUGUGCAGAGACACCUGUGUGUCCUAAUGCCCUGUACAGUCCCUGCAGGGCGUCUCCUGCCCUCCUGUGCUAAAUUGCCGUGAGUGGGAAGCAGCUGUAGCCUAUUGUGUUGGAGCAGCUGCUGUCCCCGACCUGGUGGUUCUGUGUCACAGUUGUGAACUCUGCUUUGAUGUGAAACAUCCUUGGUGCUGUGUCAGUGCUGUGCACAUUGGACUAGACAUUGUUUGCUGUGCACUCGGUGGCUUCCUUCGUAUGUGACCCCUCUGCUCCAUGGACAGCCACACUGAUCUCCUCAUUGCCUUCCAGUUGCUGCCAUGGUUUUGUGAGCAAAUGCUGUUGCUGCUGCUGUUGCUGCUGCUGCUGGAUGUCUAUUUUCUCAUAAAAGUAAAUGUGUUUUCAACCUGCUUUCUGUGCUCUGUCAGGUGCCCUGCAGUGUGGAGGGAUGCCCUCAAAGAAGCCACCAGCUUUCUCCACCAGGGACCCUGCAAGACCAGGGUCCCAGCUGGUCACUGCUUCUCAGGAGUGUCUAGGAUGCUCCAGUGACCAAGCUCAUGAGAGUAUAAUGUGUAAUUCAGAAAAGUCGUCACUGCUGUAUAUUGGGGAGAGGGUGGAGGCUCUACAGCAGCAAGACAUCUCCUGCCUUUUUGACCCCAGAUACUAGGAUUCUAGGUUAGUGUUUGGUUAGUUGUUCAGUGCCUGUAGUAGGGACCCUGAGGGAAACCUGGGAAUCAUCCAUUCAUUCUCCAUUUAGGGCAGGUGUUCUCAACAAGGGGUGAUCUUGCAAGAGACACUUAACAGGGCCUAGGGACAGUUUUGUUUGGAGGAUCUGAUGGGUGGAGGCUAAGAUUUGGCCAGACUUCAUAGUAUACAGGUCAACCCCACCCCAAUGGGGAGUGCUGGUGCCAUGUUGUUACUCAGGAAGCUAGGGACCGAGUUGGGCUCCCCAGUCAACAGAAACACAAGAAGAACCCUUCUCUUUUCUGAUCCUUUCUCCUGCAGCCCCAAGACUAACCUUAAAAUGAAGAAGAAGGGUCACUUGAGCUUUCUAGAUCUGGGAUAACAAUAGUGAGAUCCCUAUCUCAAAAAUGGGAUGGGGUGAAGCUGGAGGUUUAUCCCAGUGUUGAAACACACAGCGUACUUGAGAUGCUGGUUUACCAGUUGCUCUUCGAGAGGACCAGGUUUGAUUCUCAGCACCCACAUGGCAGCUCGCAGCCGUCUUAACUCUAGUUCCAGAGGCUGUCUCCCUUUCCUGCUCUCCAUAGGCCUGGGCAUGCACAUGGUACACAGACAUACAAACAGGCAAGACAGCCAUAUACAUAUGACAAAAA